GGACGCACAAAGGCAAAAUAUCGAGUUGAUUUGGUUGGUAGUGUUCUGUGUUUAGACUGUGACGUGGUUUGAAAGCUGAAAGGUGAUUUGCAAAAUAUUCUAAUGUCAUUUUAAAAACUCUCAGCUGUUUACAGGGUGAUUGACUUCAUUUGACGUCUGGAUUUUAGUAUAGUGAUUGUUUCGUGUUUUGGACAAAAUUACCCACUAAAUUGUGCAUUAAAAACGUUCAAACAUUAACACAAGUUAGAAAACAUGAGCGAGUUAAGUCAGGAAGAGAUUCGAAGAAGACGAUUGGCUCGUCUUGCAGGCCUAGAAAAUGGCUCACCCUCAAACUCUGUAUCGCCCCCCAUAACUCCAAUAUCUCAGUCUCCAAUCGGGGCCAUAAAUAAUCAAAUUGUAUUUGAAUCAUCACCAAGUGAUAUAAAAGUUGAAGAAGAAAAGUGUUUCUUGAAUAAUGAAAGUGAAAAAAACUGUGAUAUAAAAGAUUUUGAAUGUCCUAAACAAGAUGGUGUGGUUUUUAAAGAGCCCACCAAACCCAUAGACAUUAACAUGCCAUCAAGCUCUAAGAAUAGAGAGAGGAGGCCUCCACCCCAAAGGAGUGAUUCAGAGACAAGUUCUACUCAUAUGGAAGUUGACGAGGUUGGAAGUUGUAAUGAUAAAACUGGUGCAAAUACUGAUAUUGAUUCAGGAUUUGAAAAUAUGGAGGUUGACGAAUCGGACACACUCAAAAAGGAUGCACAGCGUCAACGGACCACCUCUUCCUCCACCGAAAUGACGGAAGAGCAGCUGCAGGCCGCAGUGGCCAGGAUCCUGCAUUCCACUUUCAAGGACUCCGCGUCGACGAGCAGGUUAUACCUGCCGGAAACUGCCCGAUCCCUGCGGGAAAACCCUUCGAUCACUUUGAAGGAGCUAACUUCCACCGCCAUAAUGGAGGUGCUGGCGCAGAUAGCGCUCGGCGGCGACCCGUUCAAGAACUUGAAGCCGCAGGACCCGGAAGUGAGCAGCUCGUUCUCCGCAAGUCCGACUUUCAAUUCGCCCAGUCCCAGUCCCGUGGGCGCUUGUCCCAUCCCGCUGCUGACCAUGAAGCCCACCGAGAGCAAGCUGGAAAAUUCCGGUGAGUUGGCGUUGAAUUUCUUGAUGGAUUGCUAUAAUAGAGUCAGUUUGGAGGAGAGGAAUCACCCGAAAAGGUCUAGCAUACCACCUUUAAGCGACGUACUAACAGAAGUCCGCGCCCAAAUAAUCCAAUACACCACUUUGGUGGUGCAAGGCUACAUCAUACCCACUACUGAAUCACCUCAGGAGUCAAUGUCGCCAAUAUUACCGCCGAUAAUCCACCAAACAAUACCCCGAGGUUUCCUCACCGAGCUGGUCUCGCGCACCUACAACCACGACGAAUUAUUCUCGAACGUGUUCAACCCGGUUUUGCAAGGGUUGUUUGGCAUGAUGCAACACGCCAGCGUUGUAGGGGACGAGCAUAGAUUACCCCUGCACACUCUAUUCGAGUUGGCCGACGUUAGAGUUGGUUCGAGGCCGAUUUGUACGCUGAUAACCAAGCAGGCUCAGUUUAUGAACGAAACUGUGACGAAUGCACCGGGUCGGGAGGUUAUGAGAUCGUCUUUCCUCGGCCCUUUUCUGUCGAUCUCGGUGUUUGCCGAGGACGAACCGAAAGUAGCCGAGAAGUUCUUUUCGGGUAACUCGACUAGUGAUAAGAGUAUCAAUCAAACGUUGCAAUGCGAAUUGGAGAAUACCAGAACUUUGCAGCACAGAAUUUUCCACUAUCUCCUCGUAAACGCCGACAGUAGAGAUGCCAGUUUGAAUUACCUGGCGCAUAUAUUAAAGUCCAACGAAAAAAGAAGCCAACUGCAAAUGGAGGAAAGGAAUUUGGCCGGCGAUGGCUUCAUGCUUAACGUAUUAAGUGUGCUACAAAUGCUCUCUCUUAAAAUCAAACUAAACCGCAUGGAUCUUCUCUACGGUUUCCACCCUGACACUCUGGUGCAAAUAAAAAGCGACGAUACAAGAUUAAAAUUCACGUCCCAAGAAGUCACCGAGUGGCUGGAAGGCUUAUCGAAAACCCAGGAAUGGCAAACACCAAAUUUCUCCACCAUAUGUUGGUUCUUAACGCUGCAUUGCCAUCAUUUGGCCUUGUUGCCUGCCCUACAAAAAUACCAGAGACGAUUAAGGGCCAUAAAAGAUUUACAGAAAAUUUUAGACGAGACCGUGGCUGCAGAGGCUCAGUGGAAGAACACGCCAUUCGCCAAUAGAAAUAAACAGUUCAUCAAAAGUUUGAUGACUCAGACGCCACCAGGUUCGGAUGCUCUAACGUUGCCGCUUUCUUCCACUACCCCUCCAGCUUUCUCCGCAAUGCCUGAGUGGUAUGUUGAGGAUAUAGCGGAAUUUUUACUUUUUGCACUACAGUACUUCCCCGCAAUGGUCAGCGAAAACUCCGAAGACACCCUCAUCACCUGGCUUUUAACAACAAUCUGUUCAUCGCAAAUGAUCAAAAACCCGUACCUAGUUGCCAAAUUGGUCGAAGUUAUUUUCGUGAUAAUGCCGGCGAUUCAGCCUCGCUGCGAGUUGAUUUACCUGAAGUUCAUGAACCAUCCCAUUUCCGAAUCCAUGUUGCCGAGCGCUCUGAUGAAGUUCUACACGGAGGUCGAAACUACCGGGUCGAGUUCCGAGUUUUACGACAAGUUCUCCAUUAGGUAUCACAUCAGUUUAAUCAUCAAAGGAAUGUGGGGCUCGACCAUACACCACCAGGAAAUAAUCAACGAAUCCCGUACCGGCAAGCAGUUCGUCAAGUUCGUCAACAUGCUCAUGAACGACACGACCUUCCUAUUGGACGAAUCUCUCGAGUCGCUCAAGCGCAUCCACGAGGUGCAAGACCUGAUAAGCGACGAUGCCAAAUGGUCGAAGCUGCCCUCCGAGCAGCAGCAAAGUCGAAUGCGCCAGCUGAGCGCGGACGAGCGGCAAUGUCGCUCUUAUCUGACGCUGGCGCGCGAGACCGUCGACAUGUUCCACUAUUUGACGGUGGACAUCAAGGAGCCGUUUUUUGAGACCCGAGCUGGUGGACAGGUCAGGAACCCGGACAAGUACGGUUGGGAACCGAGGAGGUUGUUGAGCCAGUUGAUUGAUAUUUAUUUGCAUUUGGAUUGCGAUAAGUUUGCUGAGGCGCUUGCUGGAGAUGAGCGUUCCUUCCGUAAAGAGCUGUUCGACGACGCGGCGCUCAGGAUAGAGCGCAACCUAAUCAAAACGCCGGUGGAAAUCGAACAGUUUCGCGCUCUGGCCAACAAGGCGCAUCGCAUCCUCGAAGACAACCGAAAGUCCGAGGAUUGGCUGGCGGACGCGCCCGACGAGUUCAAGGACCCGCUGAUGGACACGCUGAUGACCGACCCGGUGCUGCUGCCCAGCGGCCUCGUGAUGGACCGUUCCGUCAUAAUGAGGCAUCUGCUCAACAGCAACACCGAUCCGCUGAUAAAUAAGGUAUUAGAUCUCAUCAACAUUAUGAUUUAA